AUGGGGAGUAAACGUAAGAAUAUCGAUCCUGAAUUGAUGGAAGUGGAUGGUAUUACCAGUGACCACCUGGAUUAUUUCGCUACAUCGGAAGAAGAAGAAGCCAAUGGACCAAAUUCUGGCAAUGAAUCUGGAGAAUCUGAUUUUGAACACGAUGAUAGUUAUGAAGAUGCCUAUGAUCCUGAAGUCAGUCAUUUUGAAGAUUCCAGUGUGGAUGAGGAUGAGAAUUCCAGUGUGGACGAGGAUGCUUUAGGUGAUCUCGACCAAUUCCGUCAGAACUUAGCGGGAGCUUCCAAUAUGAACAUCAAAGCCAAAAGACGACAAUUCAAGAGAUAUGCUAUGUCAAGUAAAGCAACUGAUCCUGAGAUCAGGGAUGGGUUAUCACGAGCCAAUGAGGCAUAUGUGGCCCAGAACUACGACGAGGCAGGUGAAUUGUACCUUAAAGUUCUUGCAGUAGACCCUGGGAACUCGUCAGCCUUGAGAUCAAUUGCUGAAAUAGCUUUGGAGAAACAAGACCGUAUGGAAGGGUUAAGAUUGAGUUUACAAGCUGCUAGUAUAGCCAAGACAGAAGAGAUUUUAUGGGCCAGAUUGGCAGAGAUUGCCAGUAGUCUUGGAUUUGAUUCUUUAGCUAUCAGAGGAUAUUCCAAAGCCAUUGCUCUUAAAGGUAAGCUGAGGUUCAAAUACAUCAAAGAAAGAUCAAUGUUGUACAAAAAGAAUAAGAUUUAUGGUCGUGCGUUGGAUGGGUUCAGAAAACUUCAUCAAAGAUUCCCCUUAAACCAUGAAUAUAUUAAAGAAUUGGCCAGUAUUUAUAUGGAUCAGAACCGUGCUAAUGAUGCCAUUAAUCUUUACCUUGAUAUUCUCGAUAAAAACAUCCACCGAAGAGAUAAAAACCAAAGAAUCCCUCGAUUUGACUGGAACGAAUUGAAUAUUCUUUGUGAAUUAUACAUUAAUCGUCAUGAAUGGUCACCUGCCCUUAAAGUCAUCAAAAUAGGUUCACGAUACAUCCAAGGACGUAGUGAUGAGUCCAAAAUCUGGGAAGAAAUCGAUAACGAUGCCGAAUUUGAUAGCCGAAGAUUGAGAUAUCUCGAACAUCAUAAACGUCUUAAAAAGGAAAUGUUAAGCCGCGAAUACGAUUUUCCCUUUAUAGACAUCCGAUUCAAAUUAGGAAUCGUAAGGUUAGAAUUGGGCCAUAAUGAAGAAGCUUUGAAACAUUUCAACCGUUUAAUGGAAGAAGAUGAGAUCCCGGACUUAUUAUACGAAGCAGGGAAAGCUUUAGAGAAUAAUGGAUAUUAUUCUGAAGCGUUAUUAUUCCUCAUCAAAGCUGCUGAAGACGACAGUUUGGGACAAGACCUUGAUUUGAACACAUCCAUUGCCAAAUGUUACUUUGAAACCCGACGCUUUGAAGAUGCACGUGACUUGUAUGAAGAAAUUCUUCGGUCUACGCCCGACGACAAUAAUAUCAAAUUACUGUUGGCAGAGGUGUUGUACUACAACGACGACAAGAAACGGUCCAAACAGUUGUUGGAUGAAGUAGCUAAGUCGACUAAGAAAGUUGUCCGAGUAGCUGAUGGAGGUGAAGAUACGUCCAGGACCGGGAAAAGGACUAAAUUGACUGACCAACAAGCAGAAGAGACCGAUGAAAGGGUUAAACGGAAAGUCCUCGAUACUUUCAAGCGGAUGAACCGUUUAGAGGAUGUGAUAGCUCAAGGAGAUGAGGUAGCCAUUGAUACUUGGAUGCAAUUGGCCUCACAAUUGAUUGAAAUAUUCACCUCCGUGCCAUCAUUUUUCCCCAGAGAUAAGAACAGAAUCUUUAAGGGGAUCGUUCUGUAUCGUCGUAAGAAACCGUUGGAAAUCGAUGAGAGGUUGGCCAGGGUUUAUAAUCUUUAUGAAGGUAUGAAUACCACCGACACCAAUUCUAGGUCGGUGUUAACGUCAGAGAAGGAGUUCAGGGGGCUUGAUUAUGAUUCCUGGUUCAUGAUAUUUGUCCAAUAUGCUCUCUUCUUGAAGUACAAAGAUAAUGUGGAGUAUGGGUCGAAGAUCAUUGAGAUUGCCACCGACGUCAGUGUGUUCGUUCAGGAUAAGUCCAAGGAAAGUAUGUUGAAACUCAUGCUCAUAGUGUUUGGCAUCACCAAUGAAGAGUUCCUGACCACAGUACUGACCAAUGUUAGGUCGUUUCUCCUUAACAAUCAGUUUUCUCCCUUCAUUUUCAAAUUCUUCCUUUGUUGCUUCCCUUCAGGGUCCGACGCCUGGGAGACGUUCUCCAACUACAACCAUCAGAAAUUCUUCCUACGUCAAUUGAAGGCCUAUGACUCGGUCAUGACCAAAGAACCCAUCUCGGGGAUGGCCACCAUCACCGCUGAUAAGUCUUUCACCUACAACCAUGAACCCAUUGAGUUGCUUUAUAUUUAUGCCAACCUCUUGGGAGGGUCCCGGUCCCAUAUCUCGUCGGUGGUGUACCUCAAUAGGAUCUAUAAGCAGUACAACCAGGAUCCGAUGAUUUGCUUCUCCCUUGGGAUCAGUCACGUGCAACGGUCGAUGCAAAGACUUAGUUCCAACAGGCACGUCCAAUUACUUCAAGGGUUGAGUUAUAUCAUGGAGUACCGGGAGUUGAGGUUGAAGAACGGAGGAGACUACGAGAAGCAGGAAGUGGAGUAUAAUCUCGGACGAGUGUUCCAUAUGAUUGGUUUGACUACGGAGGCCGUUAGUCAUUACGAGAAGGUGUUGGAGGUGGAGGUAGGAGAAGAGGAUUAUGAUUUAAGGAGGGAUGCUGCUUAUAAUUUGAGUUUGAUAUAUAAUAUCAAUGGGAAUAGUGGUAAGGCUCGGGAGUUGUUAGAGGAGUAUCUUACGGUGUAG